AAAUGGUUGCACUUCAGUUGUUAUCAAAAAUCAUGGCAACCAAAACGUUGGUCUAAAUACAGAAAGGAAUCCGUCAUCUGUCAUGUCAUAAUGCGCUGUUUCACAAUUUCUCCCGUCGUGAAAAAUUCCGACGUUGCCAUAGUUAACUUUAUUUAUCCUUAUACUUGUAACUUAUACAGCUACUUUAAUCGGGAGAAAUUUCUUGUCAAAUAAAUCGACAAUUUUUUGGCAAUUAAUUUAGGGGGUUUGCACACGAUUAUAAGCCCGACGGACCCUUAAGCAUUACCAAGGAUGCACCUCGAGGAGGAGAAUUCUGGAAAACUGGAAAGUACAUCCAUAAUCAAACUUCCGCAGAUUCCUCUUUAAAUGAUACGAAGUAUGUGUUGAAUCCCACGAAGUUGUCCAGACCUAUCGAUGGAUCGUUGUACAUCCCCCUGUAUUGUAGGCCUAAAUAACAUUAAAGCUAACGAUUACUGUAAUGCAGUGCUGCAGGCUUUGACUCUUGUUAAUCCGCUUCGGAAUGACUUCUCAAGAGGAGAAGAAAAUUGCAGAACUUCACAGAGCAUGUACAAGUAUCAAGAAAUUCUCUCCAAGCUGUUGUAUCGUGAAGUUAAAAGAGGUUUCAGUUCACUCAGCAGGGAGAAAUCCGAUAGAUUUUUUUGUCUUUGGUUCCUGAUUGCCCUUGAUUGAGCAUUGGAUGGUAUUAAGAAAAAUGACAGUUCAAUCAUUUACGGAAAUUGAGACGGAAUCGCCACUUUUUGUAUCUAUCUUGCGAUCUACGGCCUUCGCCAUUUUGUUUAUCGAUGAAUUUCUGAAAGAAUAAUAUUAUAUCAUUCCUCAGGUAUGCAUUUCAAAGCGUUAUUAUGUUAUAAUAGGAGUUAAUGUAAUAAUUUGUGAUUUGUAGGUGAAUUUGUAUCGACUCUGUAACGAAAUUCAACGGGCAAACCGAGAAGGAAUAAAAGGAAAACCAUAAAAGGAAAAUUUCAUGAAGAAGUGCGAAAUAAGAAGUGUUAGAAUUGAGAUCGACACAAUGAUUUUAAAAUUUUACUCCUGUAACGUUUUUGUAUAUUAAUAUUUCGUCUCUAUUUUGUUGCAUUUAACGGUAGUGAGUUUAUUGUAAGAAAAUAAAAAUAUCGUUGAAAGUGAUUUGUUUUAUAUAUUUUGAAAUCGCCAUUUAAUGCAUUUUUUAUAAAAAAAUCCUUCAAA